AUGAACAUACUAAAAAAGCUUUACAACACUAGACUCCUAGCCCAUUUUCUUAUCACAGUCGAGAUACUAGUAGAGCACGCACAAGUAAUGUCCUUCUUGAAGUCCGCUCCUGAUCCCACUGACAAUUUAUGGAACUCAGAUGCCGUAGAUGCCUUUGAUGGGCUGAAAAAAAUUGCCUUAAGAUUUGAUGACGAUGCAUUUAUGGGGAUCUAUAUCACCUCAAUUGCCAUUGUGGGAGCUACUUUUAUCCUUUAUUUGAUCCUUGCAACAAAAGUCCACAAAUGGAAUAAAGGACAAGACACAUGGGGAACCUUAGCUAUAUGGUUUGUGGAGCAUAUAAUUUAUGGGAUUGGCUUUGUCCCGAUCAUAUCACAAUAUGUGGCUCCUCAAUAUUGCAAUCUUUAUAGUGAGCUGAAAUCUUAUAACCUUUUUGAUGAUAGGUAAGCCAGUUUUUGAAUAAAUAAUUAAUAUUGAAAAUUCAAAAAAGCGAGGAUACCUCACUCGAUUGCUGGAAAACAGACCAAAUGGCUAUGCUGGAAUUCGGAUUUAUUUUUACCGGUAUUGCCUUGUUUAUGGCUGGAGUUGUGGCACCAGUCCUUAAAUCUGAGCGCAACGGGAUCGAGAAAAGGUGGGGCAAUGAGAGCUAUUUCCCAGGAAUGUACAAGUUGUAUGUGAUUGGGGUCGCAUUUUUACUAGCACCAGUGGGCGUUCCUUAUGCUGGGAUUAUUGUGACGAUUUUUAUUAUACUGUACUUAUUCUUUUUCGAGUGCUACAAAAGUUUACAUGUUGCUAGUAUGAGAAUGUCGGUGCUAUGGGGAUCUUUAUGGGUUUUCAUCUGUGCUGAAUCACUGAAAGAAUCGACAAGCAGAGGGUCUGACAUGCUUGCAGGUUGGAUUCCUUUCUUAGUGUUUGGCUAUAUCAUUAUGCCAUUGAAAGCACUGAUUGUUAAAAGAGAGCUGAAAGUCUUGCCAAUAGAAAAAUAUGCUUUAUAAGAAAAAUGAGGAAUUAUCAGAAAAAACUGCGACUGAUUUUUUUUUUAAAAAAAAAAAAUGAUUGGAAAAGCAAAUAUGGGAACUAUUAAUUAUUGGAAUAG